ACUCGUGGUCUCUGGUCUGUGUCUCUUUGAUCCCUGUCUGUCUCACUGACUCUGGCCUGUCUCUCUGUGGUCUGUUACUCUGGUCUGUCUCACUGUGUAUGGGUUGUCUCUUUGAUCCCUGUCUGUCUCACUGUCUCUGGUCUGUCUCUCUGAUCCCUGUCUUACUCUCUGUGUCUCUCUGAUCCCUGUCUGUCUCACUGUCUCUGGUCUGUCUCUCUAGUCCCUGUCUGUCUCACUGACUCUGGUCUGUCUCUCUGUGGUCCCUGUUUGUUUCUUUGUAUCUGGUCUGUCUCUCCAGUGUCUGUCUCUCUGGUCCCUGUCUGUCUCUCUGUGGUCCCUGUUUGUUUCUUUGUAUCUGGUCUGUCUCUCUAGUGUCUGUAUUCCUGUGUCUCUGCUCUGUCGUCUGUCGCUCUGACCUGUCUGUCUCACUGUGGUCUGUUACUCUGGUCUGUCUCACUCUCUUUGGUCUGUCUGUCUGUCUCUCUGAUCCCCCCCCCCCCCUCCCCCGGGCCUCAGUCGGACCCUCUCUCAGGGGACACGGUCCCCCGGUGUCUCUCUCUCUCCGUCAUGUUUUGAACCAGUGUAAAUAGAAACCAGGCCGUUCACUCCGCCUCCUCCAGUCCGGCGGUGGGAGGGCAGACCUGCGGGGGAGCGGGGCUCGGUGACGGCAGCUGUGUUGUGGAAGGAGCCGCUGCUUGCGGAGCUCACUUCGUCGGAGAGUUUUAAAAAGGAGCUAGCUGUUAGCUGUUAGCCGCUAGCUCGUUAGCUUCGAGCUAAAACCAACCAGGGUCGUGAACGCGCCUGCUCGUCGCCGCAGUGAGCUCCUGUUCAGCGUCUGUCGGGGAUCAACAUGGUGACACUGACGUCCGUGGUCCGCCCGCUGGCCGCACAGCUCCACCGGCGGCUCCACGGGCAGCUGCACCGGCGGCUCCCCGCUCACACCGGGGGUCGCCACCGGAUCACGCCCGUCAGGAGCUGCAACCUCUCGGCGUGUUCCAGCAAAUAUGUCCUGUCUCAGAUGCACCCCAUGUGGCAGGGACCCCUCGCGAUACCAGGAGGCGAUCGCCAGUCUCCCAUCGACAUCACCGUACGGAAGAGCGUCUUGGACACCGAGCUGAAGCCUCUGAUCACCGAUUACGACCCAGACACCUGCCAGCAGAUCUGGAAUAACGGUUACUCCUUCCUGGUGGAGUACGAUGACACCACAGACAAGUCCACGCUGAAAGGGGGCCCCCUGAGAGACAAAUACAGGCUGUGUCAGUUCCACUUCCACUGGGGUGAGAGCAACGCCUGGGGCUCUGAGCACACCUUGGACAGGCAGCUGUUCCCCGCAGAGCUCCACUUGGUUCACUGGAACUCUGACAAGUACAGUCUGUUCGAGGAGGCAGUGAUGGAGGACAACGGACUGGCUGUGAUCGGAGUAUUUCUAAAGGUUGGAAAGAGACACGAGGGGCUGCAGAAGCUGGUCGACGCUCUGCCUGCGAUCAGACACAAAGACAGCAUCGUGGAGUUCAACAGGUUCAAUCCCGCGUGUCUGUUACCCGCCAACACUGACGACUACUGGACGUAUCACGGCUCCCUGACCACGCCCCCUCUGACCGAAUCUGUCAGCUGGAUUGUGAUGAAGCAGCACAUUGAAGUCAGCCACGAUCAGCUGGCCGUCUUCCGGAGCCUCCUGUUCACCUCGGCUGAGGAGCAAGUGCAGAAGAGUAUGGUGAACAACUUCCGUGUGCAGCAGCCUCUGCGUGGUCGCACCGUCCGCUCUUCCUUCAGUCCCUUCCUGCAGGGGGCGCCAUCAGCUGACGGCGACCAUCACUGCCACUGACAAUGCUGGACCCAGUGCACUCACACUCACAAAGAAACACACACACACACACACACACACACACACACACAGAAACACUAGCACACAGUUCUCUGUGAGCAAAACGAAAAAUGUCCUUCAUGAUCGUGUUGAGCAGAAAAGCUACUUUUAAAGUUUCACCGGGGAAACUUCAUUUAUAUUCUUCAUGCUGUUCAUUGUUUUAUUAUUACAAACAGUUUUACAUGGAGGGACGAGGGAAACGUCUGUUUUAUGGGUAGUUGAGAUUCAUAUUUAGGAGACUUAUCAGAUUUUGGUUCGACCGUUUCGAACCAAUACGGGAUGGUUACUGUGGGGAAAGUUUAUAGUUAUUAACAUGAGUCGUAUUUAUAAAACAUUUAUUAAGUUACUGUAUAUGAGUUUUUAUCUGCAGUUUAUGAACUGGAAGUAAAAAAAAAAGCAGCUGAAUCAGCUCUGACGUCCACGUGGAGAUGUUUUAUUUUUCUUCCGCGUCAGGACGAUAGAGCUGCCGUCACCAGAUUUGAACAGAUAAGUCAUAACUUAUUUCAUAUGAUCAGUUUCUGUUUUUUUACCAGAAAUAAGACUUUUAUUAACCUGUUUCGUUGGUUGCUGGGUUAAUCCUCAAUCGUACAUUAUCCAGAUGAACAGAAUGAAUGUUUUCCACGUCUGUUACAAAGAGAUUAUAUUGAAUUCAGUUCAUCUGACGCUGGUUUCUUACAGCAUGUUGCUUUCAAACAUCAAGUGGACGUUAAAAUCUCCACCGAGCCGUCGCUCCUCUUCCUACAACCUGUUCAAUAAGUUACUAAUAUGCACAAACAAGCCAGGUCACUGUAGCUCAUGUACUUUAAGACUUGUAAAAGCAAAAUAAGCAGUUCUCUUCUCUUUCUUACAGUAACACUCAGUAUCGGAGCCACUGUGCCUUAAACGUUCUCGGUGUGAUUCGCUGGUGUCGGUGUUAGAGCGCGAGCCGAGGCCACACGCGGCCCAGGAGGCUGUGGCUCGAGUGCACUGGUUGUUCACAGUCAAGUCCAGUUCAUAUCUGCAGAUCCCUGACCUUGAGCUGGAGACUCUCAGUUUCUAGAGGUGGUUCCUGGGGGGGAGGCUUCAGAGGCAGUUUGGUAAAGACGAGGCAUCGUUCAGGAAACUGUGGACACACCUUGGCUCAUGGUGUGUUCUGGUGAGGAGGUGUGCACAGCCUGAAGUGGAGCUUCUGGAGGAAACACCCCAGAAGCUCCACAUCCUCUACUUUGCCUCUUUCGAGAAGGCAACCCAUCACCGCACCUCAAGUGUCCCGGUCGAGACUCCGUGGACUUCGUGGAAGAAGCCGUGACUUGUUUCUCUGAAGUGAAUGAAAUCUGUGUUGGACUUGGCAGAGUUCCCAUAACACACCUCUGGGCUUCGGCCAAUCAGCUCCGCAACAGCAGAAAAACAGGAAACUGACGAUCGUCGACUUAUCCAAUCACGUUUAGUCGUUGAGAGGAAUCUGUUGUCUUCAUUAGUCCAGCUGUUGUUUUUUAAUUCUUUCCGUAUUCAACAUGAAUCAAAUUAACAAAAGUACAACCCAGGUUUUACUGACAUGGGUUGGGAUUAGGGUUUAAAGAGUUUAUAUUAUUAUUAGACUUUAACUGGUCUGAGCUGCUUUUUACUUUUUAGAAAUUUUUAAAUAAUAAACCGAGACGCACAAAGGGAUACCCCCCCAGAACGAUGGUUGAACAAACACUGCAUAUUCAUACUGGGGAGACAGAAUGGGACCAGCGGUUCCCAGCAGCCUUGUGUGCGUCAGCUGUCGUCAUGACCAUGCUUCUACCUGCUUCUGAGGUUCCAGCCUCUGGACGAGUUCUCGAUGAGACUUGUUCAGAACUUUGGAAGCUGUGAGACGCAGAGAAUCCAAAACAAGCUUCCAUUGUCUGACCAGUCCAGUCUCAUGCAAACCAGUAGAGGUGCUCUGGGGGAUUCUCACUAUGCAGCAGGAUUAGAAAGAUGAAGGUGAGAGUUCACAGUUGUCCCCCCCGUUCACCCCCCCCUUGCACGGAUGCUCACAUCAGGGCAUGUGCUCCCCAGUAGGGCCUCCACCCCCCCCCCCCCCAGCUGAGGCCCGGUGCUGAAUAGACCAACUGGACAUGUAUAGAGAGGAUUUGAUGGUGUGAGAGUGCUGGGGCCCGCGCUGGGGGCCGGUUGUAAAGAUUUCUGAAGUGCAGAAAAGAUUGUAGUGGAUUGUAGUUUGUGUGUGACACUCUGAGGAAUGUUGUGUGGUAGCUUUGUUUCUUUUCUUCUCACAUUGUUGCAAUACUGAAUCUGUGUCCAGUGUCGUACUAACAUGGAGAUAAGGGACCCAGUUCUGCGUUUAUCUUGUGCAGCUGUGUUUUACCGAUGUAUUUGAAUCAUGCACCACGAGCUGCCGUCAUGUUUCAUGGCAUUUUACUUCUUCUUUUAACUCUUGAGUGCAAUCAGUGCCGAUGUGUUCUCGUACAGAUGUGCAGUCUGUAGGACACGUUUUGUCUAAAUGGCCUUUUUCUUUAAAGAAAUCAUUUUCCUUUGACCGUUCAGUUUCUUCUCCAGCCUUAUAUCAUAUUAUCUUAUCACUGUCCGCCUUGCUCCACAUGUGCCGGGUGUCAGAACGCUGCCGUGUCGUGUUUCCUCCGUGAUGUUUUACACUCGAGUCGUUCCCCCCCCGCCUCCUGCAGCUCCCUUUGCUGUGUGAGCAGGUGUGUGCUUUGUGUACUUUAUGUUAUGCAGAACAUGUGUAAGGUGUUUAUUUGUUUAGUGGGCGGCAACAUUCCUGCCCUGCAGCGCUCUGGACGGCCCCUCUCCCCUCCCAGCAUGCUUUGCUGCACCUGGAUGGCUCUUUAAGGCCCUUUGUCCAGCUGUGCAACCAGGAAGUGUUUUGCUUUCCCAGAGACCCUUGCACCUUGAGGUGGGGGUGAGGGAACCGCCCUGUUGUGUCACAUGAUAAACAUGUAAGGAAUAACUGACAUUUGUAGAUGUAUAAGAAUAAAGUCAUGAUGGUAAAAGGAAA